AUGACAAUGGAUUUAGAAAUAAACGCUGAGGAGCUGAACAAUCUUCUAAUGGGCUCCUCGGAUGGAUUUGUGAAAAAAUCUCAGAAACGCAAAAAGACGUUGAAUCACCUUGGGAAUACAAAGCGUACAAAAACAAGUGAUGAAGUUUCUUCUUCGUUAGCUGAAGAUCCCAACUCAGCUGUGAGAACUUCUCGGGAAGAGAAUGCAUUCGAAAAGACGAUUGAACUAGAUCCAAAGGUUGCGGAAGAAGUUGUGAAACGCAUCGAGCAGAAGAAUAGCCGCACUCUAUGUGUGUCAGGCUUGCCUCCGAAAACCAACCUCCAUCUGAUGGAACAGCUCAUCCCAGAUAUACAUACAGCACGUAUACAAUGGAAUACCAUAACUCACAAGUGUACGGGCACAGUUUAUGUUGAAUUUGGAUCGGCUGAUAUGGUCGAACAGUACAAAGCGAAACUUGAUGGCAUGACUUUCCAACACAAAACAUUGACGGCCAAGACUGGAAAUUUUCUUCCGGAAAGUGCAGAUCGGUAUGAUUGCAAAACACUCGUACUACAUGGACUUCAUUACAAGACACAUGUUGGUGAAAUCGCCAAACGGUUUCCAUCGGCCACUUCUAUUAAGUUCUCUUCGGACCACAAAAAGUGGGAUCGACAACGUCCCGCUUUGGCCUAUCUCACUUUCCCCACCCCACAGGAUGCUUUGCUUGCAUUCGAUACUAGACAAAGUUGUACAAUUCGUCGGAGACGAUUUAAUAUAACAUGGUUUUUACGAAAGACUGAGGAGCAACAACACCCACCGAGAAAAUGUCUGUUUGUCCGUGGACUGAAGAAAUCAGUCACAGAAACGGACCUACAGUCUGUAUUUCCACAGGCUACUUCGAUGUCCAUACAGCCGAAGACAGGAGAAGCCUACCUUCACUAUGACUUGGAAGAGGACUGUGUACUUGAUUGGCAGAAUGCACGACACUUGCAACUUUUUGGACGGAAAAUUCAGGUUACUUUUGAUACUUCGGUCAGGAAACCGAUUGCCUUGUCUAUGUUACAUCCGGGGUCGUCACAGGUAACAGCAAACUCCGGGACUUUCGGCAAGAAACGUGAGAAAAUUCGUGGACCUUCCGUGAAUGCCUCUGAGUCAACAAAACUUGCCCACAAAAAGAGGAAGAAGAAACAUCACUUGGAAUCGCUGGCUUCUUCGAAACCGUCGUUGUUGUCAGCCCAGGUUGAUCUCUCUCGCAAACCUACCAAACUGAAACACAAAUCGAAACUGUUCACUGGCAGCAGCAGUCAUUGAUAAAUGGUGCCAUCAUCUUCCGCAUGCCCAUCCAAUGUAAAUCACAUCACUUCCAAAUACACCUUACCGAACGUCCA